AUGAAAAAAAAUAUUAUGAUGGAACAUGAUUAAUAGAUUCCCCUUCAAUAAACUAUAUUUCGAAAUGGUGUCUCUGUAUUACCAUUACUAGUUAAGAAAAAUAGUAUGGGUAUAGCUUUAGAAAACAUUCCAAGAACCUAAACAUUUUCAAGACAAAUGCAACAAUCAGGUCAUAAUGACAGUGUAUAAUAAUCCAGAACUCCAACAAUGAAAAACGAUUCCCUUUAUGGUAAUAUUUACAAGAAACCAAUUGUCAUUAAAAAACCCAAUUUUAUUUUAAAGAAACCUGAUAACGAUUUUAGUUGGCCACUUUUCAAAAUAAAAAAUGAUCCAUUAAUAAAAUAAUUUUGGGAAAGAAGAGGCUAUAAGGAUACAGAAAAGAAUUGGAUAUUUGAUGAUUACAUUUUUGCCAGUAAUAUGUUGAGAAUUGGAAAAAAGAAAAAAAUUGUGAAGGGUUAUUUUUAUAGAUUAACAAGUUCUGGUUUAUUGAUGUACUAUAAAAAAGAAUCAGAUACAUUACCCAAAGGUUUCCUGUAAUUGAAUAUGCAGAUAAGACUGAUUGUUAGUUUUUAAAAGACAAAAAGAAAUCUCUAAUUACCAGUAUUGUAUUUAGAAAAGACCCAAGGUGUUGGAAUAACUAUUUUUGAUCAUUUGAUUGACCAAACAUUAAAAUUAGGAGAAUGCAUUUAACAAUUUUGUUUAAUGAGGGGUUUCACUGUUUUGUAUGAAUAAUUGGAAUUACUGGGAAGUGGAGCAUUUGCAUCAGUUUAUAAGGUAAGUAGAAAAAGAGAUGAGAAGUAUUUUGCUGCAAAGACAUAUUUCAAGUAAUUUUAUGAUGAUCAUCCACACAAAGAAAGAUUGCUUUCAAUGGUUUAUAAUGAAAUUACAACUCUUAAAAAUAUUGAUCAUUAAAAUAUCAUGAAACUAUAUGAAGUAAUUUAGGAAAAAGAUAAAUUGAUAUUGAUUAUGGAAUAUUGCGCAGGUGGAACAUUAUACUCUUAUGUGAAAUAAAAAGUCAAAUUCAAUGAUAAGCACUAUGCUUAUAUAUUAAAGUAAUUAUGUGAUGCUCUAUAUGAGAUGCAUAGAUUGAACUUUGUACAUAGAGAUCUCAAAUUAGAAAAUAUCAUGCUAGAAUCAAAAGACUAUUUAUAAUUAAAAUUAGUUGAUUUUGGUUUCUCUGAAAUUAUUAAUGAAAAAUAAUUAGUUAGUUAAGCAGGAACCCCUGGUUUUCUCCCUCCAGAAAUUUUCAGAUAAAUCCCUUAUACUGCUAAAAGUGAUAUCUUUAGUUUAGGUGUAAUUAUGUAUUUGAUUGUUGCUGGAUAUAUGCCAUUCAAAGCCCCUACUGCAACAUAAAUCUUAGAGUUAAAUAGAAAAUGCUAAGUAAACUUUGAUAAGUCUCCUUGGUAAGAUGUAAAUCCAGAUUUGAAAUACUUAAUUAAGAAGAUGCUUGAAUUUAAAAUAGAAGAUAGAAUAAGUUGCUUAGAGAUUCUAGACAGUACUUACAUUUUACAUCAUUCACGUUAGACAUCAGAGACUAAUUAUAAAUCAAACUAAAUGUUAAGUGGACUUGAAUUUGAUAAGUGUAAUAGGCAAUCAAUGAAAAGUAUUAAAUAGUCUGAACAAUCUAAUGAUAGAAGCAAAGAAUUUUAAUUAGAUUUUUCAAUACAUACAAACGACAUAAAGUCACUUUAUUAAAGGAAUUCUUAAAAGACUAAUAAAUCUAAUAGAUCAAUAAAUUCUUUAGCAAAAAACUCUUCAUAAAAAAAAAUAUCGCGAUCAGUACCUAAAGAAUGCCAACUCUCUAAAUUUUAGAGCACCAAAAAGGUAGAAGAUUUAGACUCGCAUAAGAGUUAAAGCAAAAAACAGAGUUCUUUUGGGGAUGUUAUAAUAUAAGAAACAAAGAUUGUAACAUUUGAUGACACUGACUCUUUGAAAUUAGAAUAGAUUCUAUAUUUAAAAAGAGGUGGAUUAGCCUUUAAUAAAACAAAGAAACCUUUGGAUUAAUUUUCUAACAAAGUCAACUGA